CGCAACCAACGGCUGAGAUUUGCCCUUGAGCCUUCUUCACAAAUCACGAGCACUCUGAUCUGAUCCCCCCACCACUCUCUCUUUUAUCACCUUCCACACUCUCACUUCUCUCUCUCUCUCUCUCUCUCUCUCUCUCUCCAAUGAACCUUUUUUAAUUUAUACACCAAAAGAAAGAGAGACAAAGAGAACUAUCUAUCUAUAGAAGCAAACAAGCAAAGAACGAAGAAAGAUGUUAGUGGGAAAGCGCGGUGGUCAAGCGGCGACGGUUAUAAGGAGAACCACCAGCAUGAGUGGCGGUAUGGCCAUCGACAUAGACCGUGAUGAUCAGGAAUUCAUGAUGAUCAUGCCACCUCAUAACAACAAUAGUAAUGAUAACACCAUCCUCCACCUUCAUCAUCAUCAUCAUGGUGAUGUUGGUCAUGGAAUCAUCCCUCAUCAUGAUAAUGAUGAUGAUGUCAUACAACACAACAAUACUCCUCACUUUCUUCGGACUUGUGGCCUCUGUAAAUCUCCUUUGACACCUGCUCAAGACAUCUACAUGUAUAGGGGGGACACGGCAUUUUGCAGUUUAGAGUGUAGAGAGGAGCAAAUGAAACAAGACGGUAGAAAAGAGAAGAGGAAGAAUAAUAAUAUGGUGGUGGCUUCUGCCUCUAACAAACAGGAUCAUCAUCAUCACCACCGUUCAUCACCCAAAAGCGAACCCACUACUACUACUACUACUCCUGCUGCUGCUGCGGCUGCUUGCUCUACUUGAUAUUUAUCAAUCAAUUAUUGGUAGUAUCAUAUUAUAGUAUAUUUGAAGACUAAUUACAAGAUAGAACAAAUUAAAAUUUGAGGGUCAUGCUAUAGCUCAUGCUUCAUGUGCACUUUAUUAUUAGGACACCAUUUUCCACGCUUUAAUUUUGCCCCUACCCUCAUAUCAUGUCAUAUAUAUAUAUACGUUCUUCAUUGUUAUUAGACCUAAGCUAUGGUGGAUAUUUUUCUAAUUGUUGACUUAUUAAUUCUGCUGCUUGAGUGCUAAAAAGUUGUAUCAAGGGUGCCGGCUAGCUGAUAAUGUAUUCCGGAUAUGUGAACCUUUGUCUUUGAAAUCAAUGUUUAAUUAUUAAUCUCUCCUC